AUGGUUUCCCAAAGCAAAGAUGAUGCUGUAAUUAUCGACCGCGACGAUAUCAGCAACUACAAUUCCGAACAGAUUCUCCCCGAGUCUCCCCAGGUUAUCCAGAAAAUCAGAGCCUGGCUGAACCCCACUUCAUACGACUUCGAAAGCAGCGAGUACCGCAAGCACCUAGGUUCGCACAUCUCAGGCACAGGAGACUGGCUGACGGCCAGCCAUUCUUAUAAGCAAUGGCUACAGAGCGAAGAUACCGGUCUGCUGUGGAUCAAAGGGAUCCCAGGGUCUGGAAAGUCGGUGUUGGCUUCGAAGAUUAUCAAGGAGCUCUCGAGUAAUAACGAAGGGAACCCGGUGUUGUACUUUUUCUUUCGACAAAUUAUUGACGCGAACCAUGAACCGGCUGCACUUCUCAGAGACUGGCUAGACCAGGUCUUGGCAUACAGUCCGCCGCUCCAGAAGCGUUUGAAAGGGUACGUGGUGAAAGAAAAAUACAGCGACAAAACUCGAUUGUUUGCCACCAUGUCGAUACAAGACCUGUGGAACGACCUUCGACUAGCGUUCUCGGGACUGCCUGGUAGAGUCUACUGCGUCGCUGAUGCUCUCGACGAAAUGGAUCGUGGCAACGACAUCUUUCUACAGGCACUGGCAAAGCUUGGUAGCUGGAAUCCUUCGAAAGUGAAAGUUCUCAUCACAAGUCGUCCGGUCCCCGCCAUUGAGGGUCCACUCCGACAUGCUAAAUGCAAUCAAAUUCGCCUUCAAGAGAACAUGGUCGACGCUGAUAUUUCGACAUUUGUGCGACAGGCACUGAAAGCUUCAGAUAUUUCCGACCAUGAUCGACAGCUCAUCCAGGAAGCCAUUCCAGGUCGGGCUAAUGGCCUCUUCCUCUAUGCCAAGCUGGCCAUGGACUCUUUCCUCGAGGCAGGGGCCGAUAUCAAGGUAGUUCUCGCCUCUUUACCAGCCGACAUGAACCAGAUGUACACCGACUUACUCAACGAACACUCCCGCAGGUCGGGAAUCUCCGACGCUGUCCAACGUCUGAUCCUGCAAUGGGUUACCCAUGCGACCCGUCCGCUCAGGCUCCUCGAGAUAGCUGAGAUGAUCGACGUCACCCACAACGAUGUGGUUCGUGAUUUGAAGGGCACCAAAGACCUCGUUAGAGCUGCAUGUGGUCCUCUCUUGGAAAUCCUGCCGGACGAAACCGUCUGUGUCAUUCACCAUUCAUUUACAGAGUACCUCAAGCGUACGACCAGAUCAUCAUAUGAUAACGGCUACCCCGUGCUUCGCUUUGGAGACACGCACGCUUGCCUCGGCUCAGCGUGUCUGGCUUAUUUGGUCUCCGGUGUCUUUGGUGAAGGAAAAGAAGCAAAAGACACUCCGAUUGUCAAACUGAAGCUCAGGUAUCCAUUCCUGGCUUAUGCUUUGGAUAAUUGGCAUGUCCAUGUUGCUAGAUCAACAGCUGCAGGCCAUGAUCAGACCGACAUCAAUGUGACACUGGACAAGCUGAUGCGUGAUCCGGAGACUCAGGAUAUCUGGAUCAAGCUCCAGUGGUUCACAAUCGGUGAUGCGAACUCUGGCAUAACGCCUCUCCACGUCGCUGCAAUGCAUGGGCUCACUGCAUAUGCAAAACAUCUUCUUUUGUCUCCCGAGACCGAGAUAGACGCGGUCGAUGUUCACGGCAGAAAUCCCCUAUGGUGGGCUGCUACAAAUGGGAUGGCCGACGUUAUUCAGGCACUUAUAGACGCUGGUGCAAAUCCCGAUCAGGAUGAGACUGGUAGUGGUCGCAAGCCAUUGCACGAGGCCGCCUCGAAAAACCACCCAGAGGUUAUCAAGGUCCUCCUCAGCGCUGGAGUCAAUCCCUUGACGGAGAAGACAAGGGAAAAUCCUGGGCGUCGGUGCGGAAACGCACCUCGAUCUAUCGGACAUACACCCCUAAUGUAUGCUUGCAGAAACGGGCACCUGGAGGCCCUGGAAGCAUUCUUGCCUUUUCUCAAAGAUAAAGAACCCCUCCAUCGAGCCCUUGCCUGGUCUGCGGGAUCGGGCCGGCACGAUUUAGUCCGACGGAUCCUCCAACAUCCUGAGGUCGAUAUCAAUCGCAAGGUCCGCGGCGGAACGCCCCUGUUCAUGGCAAGCCAGAGCGCUCACAUCAAGACCAUGGAGCUCCUCCUGAAUGAAGGGGCGGACCCAACAAUCCGAUGCGAGUUUUAUGACGAAUUUGCUGGGAUGGGCGGCAUGAGAAUGUUCCUGCGUCACGAUGAAGACGAUCAAAAUCGAAUCAUUGGAACUACGCCUUUAUACGCCGCUCUCGAACAGUCUCGCAGAGGAAAUUCUCCAAAAGCUGAGCCAGAUAAGCUCAAGAGUCUGCUGGAGUUAUUCGUAGAGAAGGGGGCUGACAUUCACGAUCAGUCUCCUUCCGGGAGUUCUCUACUGCACAUAACCGGCGAUCCCGUAUGGCUGAAAAUUCUGCUCGAUGCAGGCGUCGAUGUCGAUGUUAUUAAUUGCGAUGGCUGCACUGCCCUUCAUGGGAAGAUGCUGUCAGUUGAGUCUCUGUCUCUUCUUGUUGAAAUCGGCAAGGCCAAUAUCAAUAGGAGGGCCUCUUCUAAUGGGAAAACGCCGCUCCUUAUCUCGCUUGAAGACCACCACACAGACACGACCCUCAAGCUCAUCGAGUACGGCGCAGACUGCACCAUCGCUGAUAAAAACGGCAAUGGGCCUUUGCACAUUGCCUUGCAAUCCUACAGCGCAGAACCCGAAGUCAUAGAAGCACUCUUACGCGCUGGCGCAGACCCGAAUUUGAGAAACAAAUCUGGACAAACACCCUUGGACGCCAUGUUCUCGCGGAACUCACGAGUAUUCGAUUUGAUGGACGUGAUGGUUCAAGCCGGCGUGGAUAUCAAUACAAGAGAUAAGAAUGGCGCAACAAUCCUUUUUCAGACUGUCUCAGGAAGGGCCUCCAGCUCAGAGAAUGACUUGCAGGACACGAUAAUCAAGCUCCUGGACCGGGGUGCUUUGUUGAAAACUCGAGACUUCGAGGGGAGGACCCUUCUACACGAGUUAGUCAAGUCACAGAAAGUGCCUCAGGCCUCUUUCGGUCGACAAGACUCUGGUCCUUCCACCUUUGAUUUCCUCGUGGAUCUGGGUCUAGACGUUCAUGACACAGACUACCGGGGCAACAAUUUGCUUCACGAAUUAUGCUGGCGAAUCAAUACCGAAUACAGACCCAGGGACAUGCUUGAACUGCUGAAGGCGCUGCUCAAGUUGGGCCUUGACGUCAAUCAACCCAACAAUCGUGGUCGAACACCACUUCAUCGGCUUUGUACCAAGGCCGAAGAUAGUCACAUCGACAAGGGCGAGACUUGUCUUUCACUGGUUAUUUCUCUUACAAAAGAUAUCGACGUUCGCGACAGGGACGGUGUUGCCCCGUUGCAUCUAGCCGUAACCGUGUCAGAGUAUCUCACCAAAAAGCUCCUUGAUGCCGGUGCGGACCCUACGAUCGAGACAUACGAAGGAUUAACGCCGCUUCACCUCGCGGCUAGAUGCCGGCAGGGCAAUGUUGUUGGUAUGCUUCUUGACGCGCUGCAUAAACGAGAUUUGGGCGAACCACUUGACGGUCUGAUAAAGAGAGGGGCCUGGCUGAAAGCGGCGAGUGAAAGCCCAAUUACUGGGGUCAAUGCCACAGCCAACGAAUCCAUAAACGGGUGUGACUGCACACCACUGUACUACGCUGCUCUCUCAGGGAGAACAGAGGUAGUGUCAAUGUUGUUCGAUGCUGGAGCCCAUGUCAAGGGAGUGAGUUUACGGCGUGCUAUUACCGGGUUCGAGGAUGAGCUCGAACUAUGGCGUGUGAGAUUCCCUCACGACAAGGAGAAUGGGGCGUGUGGGGGUCUGACGAAGGAAGAUGUCACACGUCCAUAUUCGAGUGGUGGGCGCAACGCCAGGGAUAAACUCGAUCCCCUCGAGGACACGGCAAGACUCGAAGAGAUUAUAGAGAUGGUCUUGGAACACGGCGCUGAUCUGACCAAGCAGAACUUCUGGGGUACGAUUGACAUAGCAUACGGUUCUCUGACCGACACAACCAUGUCCGGCUGUCGAGACUAUGCGCUCAAGUGCCUAUCAGGUGCAACCAAGAAGCACUCGUUGAAGAGCUCGCAAGCAGCAUCACAGCGUGGCCAGAAGUUGCCUACCUAUGACGAGAUAGUCAUCCCUCACCGACGUGACGCCAUAUUUAAGGCACUCCGUGAGCCUGGAGUCAUCGUACCAGGCAAAGCAAAUGAGAUUUUGUUCAUCACGCAACUUAGACGUCGCGAGUACGACGUCAUAGAAGAACUGCUCAACCUCGGCGUUGACUUCCUGGCCCCUCACCAGAACAGCGGGCUUACCAACUUGGGGACCCUUGUCAGAGGAGGUUAUACUUCUCUUGUCAACCGCAUCGGCUUGCUCGUGUCUCAAGCACAGGACGAAAAGGGCAUUUGGCACGCUCCAGCUGAUGGAAAACACGCUAUACCUGGCCACAAGAAGACAUGGACCCACGGCGUGUCAAACUACAAUGGCAACGAAAAUCGCCAAGCAUUCCUUUGGCAGGCAGUCCACCAGGAGGUUCCCGUGUUCGACAUGAUACGUCUCCUUGUAGAGACCUUUGGCGUUGAUAUCAACGAAGACAGUGCCCUUCACUCGCUUGCCAAAGGCUAUCACUGGUGGCAAGUCGCUCAAGCUUUAUCGUACCUUAUCAUUUGGGGUGCGGACCUCGAGAUCAAAAACUCUAGAGGGCAGACACCACUUCAUAUAGCCUUGGGCAUGGAAGAUGGCGUCGGAUUGUUCCACAUUGACGCCGCUCAUCAGUUGAUCCUAGCUGGGGCAGAUGUUAACGCUGUGGACAAGGCUGGACGAAGCUGUCUUUCUUAUGCAAGGCAUGAUGUCGACCUAACUCGUUUUCUGGUAAAACACGGCGCGGUAGUUCACGCAGAUGCGAUCUUUGGUGCUAUCAACGAGAUGCAACCAGGAGUGCUCGAUGCUCUCUUGUCUGCCGGAGGUGAUGCCAAUAUUCGUACUGAAAAGAACGACAAAGAACCCUGGAAGUCCGGGAACAGUCGGUGGGACCUGAGCAGGCUUCCAGACGCCGAGUGGUACCCUUUACAUCGGGUUGCGGCGAAGUCUGGUAACAAUACUUAUGACCAGAAGGUGGGAACCGAGCUUCACUCAUCGGCUCUCAGCUUGAUCGAGGUCCUCUUGUCCCACGGAGCCGACCCGCUGUCUACCUUUUCAAGAUGCUCUGGGCAAGAAUGCUACCAUCAAAAGAUUUACUCCCGACUGCAAGCUAAAAAGCUGUACAUGUUUGACGAAGGGCCCGAUGUUUAUGACGCUAUGGGUGACCCAGACUACUCUUUCGAGCCGCACCUACAUGAGGACUGUGUCGUUCUACACCAGCUCUUAGCUGAUGGACACAUCGUGCAUCCUUUCUUGAAGCUGCCGGCGAUUGACGCAAAUCAUCGUGACGGCAGUGGUCGAACUCUUCUCCAUGCUGCUUGCUCCUCUAUUCGGGGUCCUGAUGUGCCCUUGGACUUACUACCAGGAGAUCCAUGGGAUCCCCAGACAUCGAAAGAGGAAUCGGUCUUCGGCCAUCUCGUCUCCCUCGGUGCGGAUGUGGAAGCGCAAGACAACCAGAGGCAAAACAUACUUCACCACAUGCUGAGACCCCCUUCGGGGCGAACCUACCAAUCACCAAUCAUCCGGGAGUCACUCGCAUUCACGAUAGAGAAGCACCCAUCGAUUAUUGACCAGAAAGACAAUGAGGGCAAGACGCCGCUGUACCUAGCCAUCCACCGAGGUCUUUACGAAAAGAGUAUGACAGCAGCCGACGCACUCCUCAGAGCCGGAGCGGACCCUCUCAUCGCAGACAACGAAGGCAACACUGUUCUCCACGUUCUCUCUCGCAUGCUCUGGGUUUCCUCUAUGCGACCGCUGUUCAACGCGCUCGUCGAGCGCGGAUGCGACGUCAACGCUCGCAAUUCGAAGGGCGAGACGCCGCUGUUCUGGUACUACGCAGGGUUCGAGAAAAGGCAGCAUGAAGUCUACACGCACAAUCGUGACCCGAAAUUGUACGACGAAGAAGGCGGGAUCGGAGCGUUCGAGGCGGUGGGCGCAGACUUCGGGGCGGUAGAUGACGACGGACGGGGCUUGUUACACGUUGCUGCGGAGGGCCACGUUCUUCGGUUCAAGACCCUGACGGCGAGGGGACUCGAUCCGUUGUUGGAGGACAAGAGCAGGAAGACGGCGGUCGAUGUCGCGGCUGCGUGUGGGAAUAAGGGGGUGUUGAAGCUGUUCAGGCGGGUCGAUGCUGUGGAUGGUUCGGAGGAGGAUGACGAUGAUGAGUCGCUUGAUCUGGACGAUGUUUUCUGGGCUCGUUAA